AUGGCUUGCUUUUUACUAGGUUUGCAGCUCAUAGGAUUCGAGGAGGUCAUUGUCGAUGAAUCAACGUCCCUAACGUCAGUGAUAGAAGAAUCCGCCAGUCAGGAAAAUCUCGAGGAAAAUAUCCAAGAGACAUCAUCUGACAAUUUAGAUUUCGUAGAGUCAGACGAUUUUUAUACCCCAGAACAAAGAUUGGAGGUAAAUACAGAUUGUAAUCUUGUGAUUCGUCGACCACUAAGAGAAGUUCGGACUAUUUCUGGGCCAUCUACUUCUGCUGAAAAGCUAUACGGUUGUCCACAACAGCUGGACACCAGUCGCGAACAAAUCAACACCGAAGCACUAGGCUAUCUCUCCGAAAGCAAAUCAUCAUUUGUUUCACCAUUGGAAGAAGCAAGUUGUACUACAUCUACUCCGGCUCAAAAGCAGGUUUUCGAUUCAAAACAAUCAGGACAAUUAUUGCAGGAGGAUCUAGCUGGGCAGUGUAAAACUCAAGUACUGCCGAUCGAUUAUAUAUCAACCAAUCAACGUUGUUCUUCAUUUGUUAACCCCUGGAAGGGAGAUUCAAUUGCUCCUGGUUCAUCCAGUCCAGCUCAAAUAGGACAAAUCGAUCCGCGUCGACGGAUUGUCUUCACACAAAAAUUACCCAUAGCCCACAUCGGACUGUCAAAAGUAGCUUUGGCUGCUACCGGAGCAGUCAUCCAAACAGCAAAUCCACAUUCUAAUCCGCAACAGCUACGAAAACUGUUCAAGCAAUCUGCUACAGAUCAGAAAACAAUUAAAGCAGAAGCACCUGUUUCCCUCGUACCCGAUAGUCAAGGAGGAUCAUCAACCGCUGGCCCAUUGAAAGGAUCUUGUACUGCUGGUAAAUUCACGCCGAUUAAAAAACCCAGUAAGCAAUCGUGCUUCCCAGCUGAAUUACUGAAAGUCAAAAACAGUGCCGGUCCAUCCGCUUCGUCUCAAAAUGUACAUUCCAGUGGUCUACAACUAUCGAAGCGUAUACUGAAGCAUCCCGUUGUUGGCCAAAAUAUCAAAACAUCACUUGGCACCCAAUUAGUGGAGGGCCGAUGUAAUUCAUCUUCGUCCGUUGAACUAACGAAAGCAGCUUGCACUACUACUAGACCAUCCGUUCUGACCCAAAAUCGGCAAAACAAUAACCAACAAUUGAAGGAGCCGUUGAAACAGCCCAUUGACAAUCCAAAAAUCAAAAGGAAAGAAUCACCCGCUAUUCUCUCAGUUGAUCAACAUUGUUCGUUAGCCGCUGGACCAUCGAAAGAAGUUUCAACUAAUACUGAGGUAUUCGCUUCGGCUCAACAUCAAUAUUUUAGUCCACAACAUUUGGAGGAACUGCUGAAACAAACAAUUAUUGGCCAGAAUUUAAUCAAGAGAGCAUCUGUCGGACCCCUGUCGGCAGAUAGCCAACGUGAAUUGACGCAAAUAAUAAUAGAUCAUCACUGCAAUGCUGGAAAACGCGGUAGAGAGGAGUAUUUAAGUGAUUACGCCAAAUCCAUCGUUGCGCUAUUCAAGCACGAAAAAAUUGUGGAAGAAGAAAUCCAGGAGGAAAAUUGUUUAACAAACUCGUCAACAUCAGGCAAAAGAUCGCCAAAAGAAAACUGCGGGAAGAAGCUCAUUUAUGCAGCAAAAAAAUUAACCUAGAUCCGGAAGCUACUGACGAGUCCUUGUUCAACGAUAUUGAGUGGCUGGAGCAUAA